AUGGAUGGAUGCGCGUCGAGCAUGGCCGUGCCGGUGACCGACGUGCGAAGCGGGCUUCAGCCUGCAGCCAAGGGCGAGGCCCAGCCAAGAUCUGCGGCGGACUGUCAAAAGGCUGCACCGCCGCCCAAGCAGCUGACCCCGGCGGUCUGUCCACCUUGUACACGCACCCCAGUCACCACCUUCCGACGACCUUGCAAGAUGGCCGAUAUCGAAAAUGAAGCUGGACCUUCCGUUCCCACCGGCCCGCAGCCGCGCGAGGUGGUCUACUGUGCCGUAUGCACCUUCCCACCCGAGUACUGCGAGUUCGGACCGUCGCCCUCCAAGUGCCGAUCGUGGCUGCAGGAGCACCAGCCGGCGCUCUACUCGCAGCUGUGGUCGGAAGAGGCGAUCUCGUCCAACCUGGCCAACCUCACCACCAAGCAGGCCGAGGAUCUCGAGCGCGAGGCUGCCAAGAAGGAGCGCAAGACCGUCGCCAAGGAGGAGCGCGAACGUGCCCAGAUGGCCGCCUCGCGCAUCGUGCUCAAGAAGGAGGCGCGCACCAAGCGCAAAGUCACCACGAGCAUCAUUGGCCUCCACCUCUUUUCCCCGCCGCUUCCCGCGCUCAAAGUCGUAGCAAAAGCGUUGUCUUCGCGCUUCGCAACGGGUGCAUCGGUGAGCAAGAGCGUGCAGAACCCGGGAAUCGACGAGAUCGUCGUGCAGGGGGAUGUGGCAGACGACGUGCGCGAUCUGAUCCUUUCGCGCACAAAGCCGUUCCACGAACUCCCCUCCGACGCCGAAGGCGGUCCGUCGGAAAAGAACAUUGCCAUCGAGGAGGACAAGAAGACGGCCAAGAAGGCGGCCGCAGGCGCUCCCGGCGCUGCUCCCGCUGAAGACUAG